GUGUGUGAAGGACAGCGGACAGGAUGCGAGCGCGGCGGCCGGGGUGGCUCUGGGCAGCUCUGCUGGCGCUGGGGACACUGGCGGGCGUUGUCGUUGGAGAGUCCAACAUCUGUACCACCCGAGGCGUGAACUCCUGCCAGCAGUGUCUGGCUGUGAGCCCUGCGUGUGCCUGGUGUUCAGAUGAGGCUCUGCCCCAGGGCUCACCCCGCUGUAACCUGAAGGAGAACCUGCUGAAGGACGGCUGUGCUCCAGAGUCCAUUGAGUUCCCAGUCAGUGAGGCCCGGAUCCUGGAGGACAGACCACUCAGCGACAAGGGUUCUGGAGACAGCACCCAGAUCACUCAAGUCAGCCCCCAGAGGAUUGCCCUCCGACUGCGGCCAGAUGAUUCGAAGAUCUUUUCACUUCAAGUGCGACAGGUGGAGGAUUACCCUGUAGACAUCUACUACUUGAUGGACCUGUCCUUCUCCAUGAAAGAUGAUCUGUCAAGCAUCCAGACCUUGGGUACCAAGUUAGCCUCCCAGAUGCGCAAGCUUACUAGCAACCUUCGGAUUGGCUUUGGGGCCUUUGUGGACAAACCUGUAUCACCAUACAUGUUCAUCUCCCCACCAGAGGCCCUCAAAAACCCCUGUUACAGUAUGAAGACUGCAUGUUUGCCAAUGUUUGGCUACAAGCAUGUGUUGACGCUAACUGACCAGGUGACCCGCUUCAACGAGGAAGUGAAGAAACAGAGUGUGUCGCGUAACCGAGAUGCCCCAGAGGGCGGCUUUGAUGCCAUCAUGCAGGCUACAGUCUGUGAUGAACAAAUUGGCUGGAGGAAUGACGCGUCCCACUUGCUGGUGUUCACCACUGAUGCCAAGACCCACAUUGCACUGGAUGGAAGGCUGGCAGGCAUUGUCCUGCCCAACGAUGGGCAGUGUCACAUUGGCAGUGACAACCAUUACUCUGCCUCCACGACCAUGGAUUAUCCAUCUCUGGGGCUCAUGACUGAGAAGCUAUCCCAGAAAAACAUUAACCUGAUUUUCGCAGUCACUGAGAAUGUCGCCAACCUCUACCAGAAUUAUAGCGAGCUUAUCCCAGGGACCACAGUGGGAAUCCUGUCUGAUGACUCAAGCAAUGUCCUCCAGCUCAUUGUUGAUGCUUAUGGGAAAAUCCGCUCUAAAGUGGAACUGGAAGUGCGUGACCUCCCUGAAGAGUUGUCACUGUCCUUUAAUGCCACCUGCCUCAACAACGAGGUCAUCCCAGGCCUCAAGUCUUGUGUGGGACUCAAGAUUGGAGACACGGUGAGCUUUAGCGUUGAGGCCAAGGUACGCGGCUGCCCCCAGGAGAAGGAGCAGUCUUUCACCAUCAAGCCUGUGGGCUUUAAGGAUAGCCUCACCGUCCAGGUUACCUUUGACUGUGACUGUGCCUGCCAGGCCUCUGCCCAGCCCCUCAGCCCACGCUGCAACAAUGGCAAUGGGACCUUUGAGUGUGGAGUGUGCCGCUGUGACCAGGGCUGGCUGGGAUCCAUGUGUGAGUGCUCCGAGGAGGACUACCGGCCCUCUCAGCAGGAGGAGUGCAGCGCCAAGGAGGGCCAACCCGUCUGCAGCCAGCGGGGCGAGUGCCUCUGUGGCCAGUGUGUUUGCCACAGCAGUGACUUCGGCAAGAUUACGGGCAAGUUCUGCGAGUGUGAUGACUUCUCCUGUGUCCGCUACAAGGGGGAGAUGUGCUCUGGCCAUGGUCAGUGCAACUGCGGGGACUGCGUGUGUGACUCCGACUGGACUGGCUUCUACUGCAACUGCACAACCCGCACCGACACCUGCAUGUCCAGCAACGGGCUGCUGUGCAGUGGCCGUGGCAACUGCGAAUGUGGCAGCUGUGUCUGUGUCCAGCCAGGUUCCUAUGGGGAUACCUGUGAGAAGUGUCCCACUUGCCCAGAUGCCUGCUCAUUUAAGAAGGAGUGUGUGGAGUGUAAGAAGUUCAACCGGGGAACCCUCCAUGAAGAAAACACCUGCAGCCGGUACUGCCGCGAUGACAUUGAGCCUGUGACAGAACUGACCGAUACUGGCAAAAACGCCGUGAACUGUACCUACAAGAAUGAGAACGACUGUGUCGUCAGAUUCCAGUACUAUGAAGACACCAGUGGAAGAGCCAUCCUGUAUGUGGUCAAAGAGCCGGAGUGCCCCAAGGGUCCUGACAUCCUGGUGGUCCUGCUCUCAGUGAUGGGAGCCAUUCUGCUCAUCGGUCUUGCCACGCUGCUCAUCUGGAAGCUACUCAUCACCAUCCACGACCGGAAGGAAUUUGCUAAAUUCGAGGAAGAACGAUCCAGGGCAAAAUGGGACACAGCAAACAACCCCCUGUUUAAAGAGGCCACCUCCACCUUCACCAAUAUCACCUACCGGGGCACCUAACGAGAAGAGGUCAUCCUUAGACCAUUGUCAGACUGGGCCAGGGUUGUGGGAGUCUCUGCCGUCAUGUUUACAGGGGACAGUAUUUGUGGGUGGGAUUUGGGGCAUGGAUCGGGAG